AUGGUUCUUGUUUUCAUAAACCAAAUCGACAAAUGCCAAUUAGUAUGGAUGCACGGGAAAAACAUAAAUAUCCUCAACAACAACAUUAAGCCAUCUGAAUUCAGAACUAGAGUUGUUCAGCAGCUCAAUAACCUUCUUCAGGUUGAGAAGGAAAACAAAAGCUUCUUGGAACAUCCAUCUGACAACUACCAAAGUGGCCUCCUCCAGAUUAGUAGCCUAAUGCUAGGACAUGAUCACAUGGCAGAACAUCAUGGGGUUGAAGGAGCUUUGAAACAAAUGUGGGAAUUCAACUCCCUGAUGAAGCUAAGCCUAAAGGGGAUAGGACAGUACAUCUUAACUGUCAAUGCUCAUGUUGCUUCAAGGGGAAGGGCUGCUAAUCUGGAGGAGGCCACUUUGGUAGCUGUCAGAUGGAUGUUCCAAGAAGAUCUCCAAAGGAGAUGGGAUAACAUUGUUUGCCUUCUCAACCUGAAGAGGGUCAUUGAGCUGCUGAACAACUCCGGUUCUGAAUUCAGAUGGCUUAAUGUUGUUGUUGAGGAUAUUUAUGUUUUAAAAAAUUCCCGUUCUUCUUGUAUUUUUAGUUUAAACACUUCUUCUCGUCUUAGUAGUUCUUUGUUAGCCAAGUUCGCUAUUAAGGGGUAA